UUUUUUGAAUUAACUAGUUUUCUUCUAAGUAAUUAAUAUUUGUGAUCAAGUUUUGAUUUUGUUAUCUGUUUUGUAUUGAUUGCUUUGAGGGUUUUUGUUAUACGUGAUACCUAAGUUUGAAUAUUGGCACUCUUUUUUUCGUCUCAAGUCAACUUCCGAAUUUGGCCGUUAGCAAUUUUAAUGGCUAGUGAUCUAUUAAUGCUAUUUCAGUUGCGAUUUUCAACUGUAUUCUUUUGUUUAUUGCUGGAAUUUUUUCAUGGGUUUUCCAGUGCAUCGAUUAUACAAAGAGAAUUUACUUUGUUAUGAAUUUUUUAUUGUUCAUCAGAGUUUUUGAUCCAUGAAGAUCCGAUUCAAUAAGUCUAAGAUUCUGUUUGACUCUUCCUUUUCUUACUUCUUGAUAAUAUUUCAUGUUAAAUCUCGGGGUUUCUGUUUUCUAUUUUUUCAGAAAUAGUUUUAGUUAUUAUAUAUCACCGAUAGUAGAAUACAAAAUCAAUGCUUGUUUCAAUUGUGGCUAAAGUUCUUGAAAUUUUAAUGGAUGAAUGACUUAUUAUUAUUAUUAUUAUUAAUUUUUAUUGGCAACAAAGAUAAAUCAAAAUUACAUUGUGUUGUAGCAGAACCUCCAUCAGAAGGAUUAAGAUGAGCAACACGAUCAACUAAGAUUCUUUCUGCUUCUACUGUAUAUGAAAGAGGUCCAACAAAAAAAAAGUGUAUCGAGUGGUUUGUGUUGAUUGAAGAGUACACAAGUAGCUAACUUUAUCGGAGAAAGGUAUAAUCACUAAAACUUUAAAUUCUUAAUUUAGUGGAGUUUGAAUAUCUUAGAUAUUCAUCCGUAGUGAAGUAGGUUCUGUGAAUAUACAUGUACUGCGGUCGGAUGGGUGGAUAGUUUUAAUAUUGUUUUGUUAGUUUUGUAUUAUUUUGUGUGUUUGUUUUUUGUUUUUUGCAUGUUUAAAAUUUUUGGGAACGUCCAAUUACAGUUGUUAUGCUGUCGAAAUUUCGGUCGAAUUAGGAUAAAUUUCAUUAAAAAUACAUAAAUUUUAGAUAAAAAAUGUAAGAACUUAGUGAAAAUUUAUAUGUGUGGUGAUUAAUAAAUACACAUUCAAACAAAUAAUUUAAUAAAGUUUUUUUUUUCUUUUUUAGAAGUUGCAAAAUGGAUAGAAAUUGGAUGAGUGCGAAUAGAUUAUCAGCAGAGUAUAAGGAAGGUGUUGACUUUUUUUUGGAUUUUUGUCAUAAGCACGCAAAAAAUCCAAAGUUGAUUCUUUGUCCUUGUCUUAAAUGUGGUAACAUGGAGCGUAUGAAUACUAGUAAAAUAAAGGAGCAUUUAUUUAGGAACGGAAUAGACAAGAGUUAUAAGGUUUGGUGUUACCACGGGGAAAAUAUUAGAUUUCAUGGCGAGGAAACAUCUAAGUCUAAGAAGGUUAAGAAUGUUAACUUGGAUUAUCAGGAUGAUCACAUUCCAGAAAUGAUAGGAGAUGCACAAUUUCAAUCAAAUGUCGAUCCAUUGGAAUUUCAAAAUUUUGUAGAGGAUGCUGAGAAACCUAUUUACCCUAAUUGUAAUAGGUUUACUAAAUUGUCUACGCUUGUUAGAUUAUACAAUAUAAAAGCGAAACAUGGGUGGAGUGAUAAAAGUUUUACGGAUUUACUAGCUUUUCUAGUAGAGUUAUUACCUGAAGGUAAUGAGAUGCCUUUGUCUUUCUACGAGGCAAAGAAGACACUGUCUUCCAUAGGUAUGCAAUAUGAAAAGAUACAUGCAUGUCCUAAUGAUUGCAUUCUAUAUCGUAAGAGUUUUGUGGAUGCAAUAUCGUGUCCCACGUGCGGUGAGUCUAGGUGGCAAAAGAAAAAGAAUUCUGAUGAGGUAAAGAUUGGUGUCCCUGCAAAGGUAUUAUGGUACUUACCCCCAAUACCUCGUUUGGUUCGAUUCUUUCGAAAUGUCAAUCAUGCAAAAAAUUUGACCUGGCAUGCCACCGAUAGAAAACUAGAUGGUAAGAUGAGACAUCCAGCUGACUCCCCUGCUUGGAAAACAAUCGAUGCUAGGUGGCCUGAAUUUGCAAAUGAACCUAGGAAUAUCCGUCUUGGUCUUUCUGCAGAUGGAAUUAAUCCACAUACCACCCUUAGUAGUAAGUAUAGUUGUUGGCCAGUUUUGCUUGUGAUGUAUAAUUUACCGCCUUGGUUGGUAAUGAAGAGAAAGUUCACUAUGCUCACAUUGUUGAUAGCCGGCCACUUCACAUUUUCGCUUUUGGAAAUCUUUCUGGAUACAAAAGGUGAAAGUGGUACAAUGCAUGCCCGAUUUGUGAGGAGAGAACAUGUUCUAUGUGGUUAA